AACUUGUGCCCCCCUUAAUAGUGAAAAUUUUCAAUUGUUAAUUUUCUCGUUAAAAAUGCCGAUCAACCAAAUUACUAUUGGAAGCCAUGAGGAACUCCGCCAUCCCGGGGCGCUUAAAGCGGCCUUGGCGGAGUUCAUCAGUACCCUGAUCUUCGUAUUCGCAGGUCAGGGUUCUGGUAUGGCUUUCAAUAAGCUUACCGAUGGCGUCGCUACUCCCGCUGGCCUUAUUUCCGCCUCCAUAGCACACGCCUUCGGGUUGUUCGUCGCCGUCUCCGUCGGUGCUAACAUCUCCGGCGGCCACGUCAACCCUGCUGUUACCUUCGGUGCUUUUGUUGGUGGAAACAUCACUUUGUUCCGUGGAAUUUUGUACAUCAUUGCACAGUUGCUUGGAUCCACUGCUGCUUGCGCUCUCCUUGAAUUCGCCACCGGUGGCAUGAGCACGGGAUCAUUUGCAUUGUCAGCCGGUGUAUCAGUAUGGAACGCGUUCGUAUUCGAGAUUGUGAUGACUUUCGGUCUCGUUUACACUGUUUACGCAACCGCAGUUGACCCAAAGAAGGGAGAUUUGGGUGUGAUUGCACCAAUUGCAAUUGGUUUCAUUGUUGGUGCCAACAUUCUUGCUGGUGGUGCCUUUACUGGAGCUUCAAUGAACCCAGCUGUGUCAUUUGGCCCAUCUUUGGUUAGCUGGACCUGGACUCACCAAUGGGUUUACUGGGCUGGACCACUUAUUGGUGGUGGGCUUGCUGGAUUCAUCUAUGAAUUCAUCUUCAUUAGCCACACUCAUGAGCAAAUCCCAAGUGGAGAUUUUUAAGUAGUGCUGAAUUUUUAUCAACUCGUUGUUUAAUUUUCAUUUUCUCUUUGUAAACUUCUUUGUUUGUUUGUCUAUGUUUAAUGGGCACUGUUGAAUUGUACUUUGUUUAUUCGGACGGCUUUUGUUAUUUAUUUUCUUUAUUUUGAUCGUGGUAAAUAAGAUAUUUUGAUUUGUUUU